ACAAUCUUCGGACCCCCUCAGAGUAGAUCUCUUUCUUUCUCUCCCAUCGUAAAAAUGGUUACCGCAAGCGAGCUCUGCGAUAUCAUCGUCGCCAUCUUCAUCCCCCCUCUUGGUGUCUUCCUCAAGCGUGGUUGCGGUGCUGAUCUGCUGAUCAACAUUUGCUUGUCCAUCCUGGGUUAUGUGCCGGGUAUAAUUCACGCAUUGUACAUUAUCAUGGCAACGUGAUCCCACCUCAAAAGUCACAGCCACCACUCGAUGAAUUGACUCGUCUUAUUUUUCUGUUGAUAUAAGACCAGCAACAUCUCGACGCCAUGCUUUUCCUCGAUACCACCUCGAUUUCCAUCUUGUUAAUUAUGUGUCUCUGAUAACUCUAUUUUUGUUCCUGGGCGCUAUGAUUCCUUGUUUCGCAUGGUCCGCAAAAGACGAUGACAUUGAGGGGCGGGACUCCAGAUCCAAGGCCCGCGAGCUUUGAUACUCAAGCGUCUCUUGAUUCGGAACAGCUGGGGAGGAGUUUUACGCUUUUAUAGUAGUUAUCUUUAAUCAAUUCACAUUACUACCUCUAAAA